ACGCAAACUCACUCGUUGGGCUCCAUCUCUCACGCACUCCUGCAAACUGCACGUCGCGCACAUUUCUCCGCCGUACACUUCACCGACAUCGCUUUUCGCACGCUUCUUUCGUUAUCUUAUAUUGCCAUUCCAACUUCAGCUCUUUCCAAGACGCCGCGGCGCCGCCCCACCUCCAAAGCUACCCCAUUGGCCAUAUGAGAUACCACCACCGAAACGAGCCACUCGGAGCAGCAUAGGCAGAGGCAGCGACGCUGUCUUCCUCACCGCCAGGGCGAGCGCGAGUGGAGGACCAAGAGCGCUGAAAUCAGUCACCCCGGCGCAAAGCGACUCGACAACCCCAGCCACGAGCAACGAGCCGAGGAAGGGCAACAUCACGCACCAUGGCACGAUCAGACAUGACCCGAGAAAGGGUGAUUGUGCGACAAUCAUACUACUGGCCAGACUGGCAACUCAAUGUCUGGAUCAUCAUCAUGCUGGCCACCGGCGGCACACUGGUCGGAGUCUUCGCCAACUUUGUGGUGAUACAAAAUUCACUGGGCGGAUUGGGGAUACCAUGGAUCAUGCCGUUUGGCAUCACAGUUGGUGCUCUUACGCUCGCCUUCAUCAUCCUCAUGCUCAUUCUCAUCGUACAACGGCGACUUCUACCCGGGGUUCUCAUUAUCGGCGCGUUCAUUCUUCUCGUCCUGUACAUCACCGGCUUGAUCGAGACCGCGAUUCAACUGUUCGGCCCAUCCGGAGACAUCAACUCUAAGUGCGGCACAUAUGUCACAGGGCAGAAUCCGAACGAUCUAUCGGUCAAUACCCUAGCAUGGCUCCAACAAAACAGCAUUUGCCAGAGCUGGAGCGCAGUGUUCGCAUUUUGGAUAAUAGGCGCCGUCUUUCUGGUGUAUUUGAUUGUGCUGGCCAGUAUGGUGGCACAGGGAGGAAGAGAGGAUAAUUAUUAAUGUGUGUAAUGCAUGAGUACGAAGAUGAAGAUCAGAUCGAAUGAUUGGGCAGGCAAUGAGUAUGUGGGACAACGAGAAAGAGUUGUUUACACGAGCGGGAACCACAAGGACUGGGAAGGCAUGAUUUUAUGGCGAGGCGUUCACUGGCGGAUCAAUACCCUGGAGCAUGAAAGCUCUUCAUUUUGGACAGGAAAUAUUUGCACAGUAUCCAAUAUAUGGCACCUGUUCCCCGCAUUCCGAGAGCUUUGGCGGCAAGCAGGUGAGUAUUCGUCUGUGGAAGCAUGCAUAUUGAUUACACA